AUGGUGUGGCCAUUUGGAUCAAAGGGGAAGAUUUCUGGUGAAUUAGAUGCCAGAAAGGAGCUGGAGCGCUCGCUUCCUAGUGACCUGAGAGACUUUCUCAAGACGCAGGACGAUUCUGCCAUAAGCGACAGAGAGUUCAAAGAGAGACUAAAGUUGGAGGAUCCGCAUGUGCAGAACUAUCAGCAACCGAUAACCCCUGAACAGGUAAUGAAGAGUGACAAACAAGAAGAAGCCAGCGAGCCCAGUGUGGCCGCUUCUCAGUAUGUGCCGAUGGUGUACCAACCCACAGAACAUCUAUCGCAGGAGGAGCUGAAGAAGAUGAGAGAGUUUGAGGAGUAUAACCGGAAAUACCCGAUCCACUACGCUUCGGUUGAGAACUGUGCCGACCUUCAGGCCGACUUUCUGAAUUGCUUAUCGAGUGGAUCAUUUGUGGACAAGUUCACUGUGUGCAAUGUCAAGAACAACUUCUACCAGGAUUGCAUCAAGUUCCAGGGAGAGGCCAUGUAUAUGUUUGACUAUCCUGCUGUGGGUACUCUUGAGGAGAAGGUUGAAAUUAGACGAAGAGCAGACACCUUGUUCCACAAAUAUUACAGCUGUUACGAGGACCUUGCUAACGACGAUAAGAGGCAGCAGUACGCCAAGGAGCUGAGAUCCAGCAGGGAAGAGUUUUAUGAUAAGUUUCGGAGGUGGUAG